AUGGAUCAUCUACCUCUCCCAUCAGAUCCCAUUCUACCGUUGAGCGAGGUCCCAUACCUUUGCAAUGAGCCCUACGAUACCACCAUACCAUUUCUUGAAUACCCUCGACACAAAGGUAGACCCUGGAUGACACGUGAAGCACCCUACGAGUAUCACGAGGCGCUCUUUCCUACACCAACGCGCGAUCUCGAAAGCUUCUUCCAGACUUGGCUAUGUUUUGGCCUACUUGCCGAGCUUCUUGCGGGGCUAUUUGAUCAUGAGAGAUUUGUGUCAAAAUCGAAACGAGAUGGCAGCCCGGUCAUCUCAACGAUGCAGCUCCAGUCCUUGACAGAACAACGCUUCGAGUUGGUAAGAACACUGGACAAGCCAACGUAA